AGUUUUCAGAAACAUUCAAGAUAUCUAUUUAUUCCCCAAGGAUACAGUCGACUUCAUCGAAGAUUUCCCGUACGACAACUUCGACCACAUACAAGAUUGGAAAGACGACAUCCAUGAGUCGAUCCCGGUACAAUCACUCGUCCAAGGGUUCCAGCUUCAGCACUUCAACCACAUCCAUCGGAGGCAAAAGCAAAGUCUACUCGAUCUACGUGUCUACCAGAGUAUGGAACUCCACGCAUCCAGCUCCUGUCAAAUCGAAGACGCACUCUCUAAUAUACACAACGUCAGAGACAACAAGAACGUCCACAGAAUCUUACAAGACAACGAUGAUUAAUGGCACACCAUGUACAACGCUAUCAUACUACGAGCCGACUUGCGCUUGUACACAGACCACUGUUGUCCCUGUCGCUUACACGCCAGGACCGUCAUUUGAGGCCGCUCGCUUGGUUACUGUCAGUGGGGUUCCUUGUACGACAACACAAUAUUGGGAACCCACCUGCGACUGCAUACAGACUUCGACAAUACCAAUCAGUGCUGUCAUAGCAACUGCCAGCAUCCAUACGGUCAUCAACGAAGUUCCUUAUGUCACAUCGAAGUACUUUGAGCCUGCCUGCAAUUGUGUACAGUCUGCCACAGUACCAGUUCGAAUCGCAAGUGCAGAGGAGGGUUCCGAAUCAACUGCGCAGGCGGCUUGCUCAGAAGCGCCCAAUACUUUGUCUAUGUGUAUAGCAGCUUGUAUGCACCCUGAAGGGUCUAAAACUACCAUGUCACCACAGUAGACUACGGUUUCCCGAACCAAUAGUUCUCGGUAGUGUCGGUUACCGCCUCCAAAGGAGAAGUGAAUCUGCCACGAUUUAAGUCAGUCAAACAACGCACAUUCGGAAUGGAAGCGGAUGUAGUCGAAGAUGUUGCAAAAGUAUCGACAUGCGUGCUCUAUACGUCCGGACCGGGA